CAAGAGACUUCAUGUGUCAUCUCCAAGUGGACUUACUUGAUAUGCAUUAUCAACCAGAUGGUUCUUACAAAUAUAUUUAUCAUGCUCAUGAUCAUUUUUCAAAGUUUUCUUGGUUGUCUGCUCUUUCUUCUAAAGAAGCCAAAGAAGUAGCAGAUUUUCUUUUUGAACUUUUCACUGCAUUUGAAUCUCUAAUCAUUCUACAAACUGAUAAUGGAAAAGAGUUUACAGCACAAAUCAUUAGAAAAUUAACUAAAUUUUGGUCAACUAUUUGGAUUAUAAAUGGACAUCCAAGACAUCCUCAAUCUCAAGGACUAAUUGAACGGGCUAAUGACAUACUUCAACAAAAGCUUUCAAAAUGA